AUUCCAAACACUUCUACCGCUUUAGAAAAGAUGAUGGUACCCUCCCGCUGGAGCCAGAAGGGAUGGUUUUCGUGCGAGGACAGCGCCUCUCUGAAAAGGUAAUGAACUCGGACAUCCCACUUCUACAAACCAGAGAAGAGGAUGGAGUCAAAUACGAUCGCGCCUUUGUGGCUUCGGAGAUAAUCACUUGGUUGGUCCGAGAACGAGAGGCCAGGACUAGGGGUGAGGCGGAGCAGCUGUGUCGCCGUCUUCUGGAACAUGCCGUAAUACAGCAC